ACGCAACUGCACGGCAGCGAUGUAUUCAGUCGGUGGCCGGACUUUAAAAUGAUCACGGGACUUCUCCUGGUAAUUGUCGUAGUUGCAUUUUUGUGCCUAUCUUAUCGAUAUGCAGUGGCGCGACCCAAAGGAUUUCCUCCUGGACCCCCAAGGAUACCAUUUUUUGGAAGCUACCUUUUCCUGUUGAUGAUAAAUUUCAAGUAUCUGCACAAGGCAGCCUUAACCCUCAGUCGAUGGUACAAAUCGGAUAUUAUUGGACUUCAUGUGGGUCCCUUCCCCGUGGCCGUCGUCCACAACUACGAGGGUGUUCGCGAGAUCCUUAACAACAAGGCGUUCGAUGGACGUCCUGGACUCUAUGUGGCCGCCAUGCGAGAUCCAGGCGAUGAAAUCCGAGGUAUUUUCUUUCAAGACGGGCCCCUUUGGAAGGAGCAGCGACGUUUUAUCCUGCGAUAUCUUCGCGAUUUUGGUUUCGGCCGGCGUUUUCAGCAACUGGAGUCAGUGAUCCAGGAGCAGCUCACGGACAUGCUCGACCUCAUCCGCAACGGACCAAAGUAUCCGCAUGAGGAGGCCAUGGUUAAGCCAGGUGGAUACCGAGUGCAGCUUCCGCUUCUCUUCAAUCCCUUCUCGGCCAACUCGCAUUUCCACAUUGUCUACAAUGAAUGCCUGCCACGUGAGGAAAUGGGCAGACUCAUUAAGCUUUGUCAAAUGGGAAUGCAGUUCCAGCGCAACGCGGAUGACUAUGGCAGAAUGUUGAGUAUCCUGCCCUGGAUCCGCCACUUGUUUCCAGAAUUGAGUGGCUACAGUCAAAUGCAUGAAGCCAAUGUAUUUGUUCACAAGUUCUUUGCCGAUUUUGUGGACCGUCAUUUGGAAACCUAUCAGGAGGGCGUGGAGCGCAACUUUAUGGAUGUUUAUAUAACGGAGAUGCGUCAGUCUCCGGGUUACGGUUUUAAUCGAGAUCAGUUCAUAAUGGGGCUUGUGGACUUUUCAUUUCCAGCCUUCACCGCCAUUGGAGUGCAAUUGUCCUUGCUGGUUCAGUAUUUAAUGCUUUAUCCGGAGGUAUUGAAACGAAUCCAAAGCGAGGUGCAUGAGGUAGUUGGUUGUGGACGGCUCCCGACUCUGGAGGAUCGGAAGAGCAUGCCCUUUACAGAGGCCACCAUUCGCGAGGGACUGCGCAUUGAGACCCUGGUGCCUUCCGAUGUGCCUCACAAGGCAUUAGUGGACACGGAGCUGCUGGGCUACAAAAUACCCAAAAACACAAUCGUCGUACCCAGCCUGUAUGCCUUCCAUUCGGAUACUCGCGUCUGGAAGGAUCCAGAAAACUUUCGCCCAGAGCGAUUCCUUGACUCGGAAGGCAAGCUCAAUCUUAAGUUGGACGUUUCUUUGCCCUUCGGAGCAGGAAAACGACUCUGCGCCGGCGAAACAUUUGCCCGCAAUAUGCUCUUUCUAAUGACCGCCACCAUUUGCCAGCACUUUGAUUUUGUUUUGGCCCCGGGCGAUACAUUACCGGAUCUUUCCCAGAACCUGAAUGGCCUGAUCAUAUCUCCACCUGACUUCUGGGUACAGUUGCAGGAAAGGCACUGAAUCAAGCUAGAGGAGCAAAUACCAUCUUAGAAUUAAGAAUUACCUUUAUUAGUUAGAAUAAUUUCAAAUCAUUUAAAAGUAUUAACCAUAAACUAUACUUAUGGAAAAACAAGUA